UGUUGCACCAUCGGAGGGACGUGUUGUUGCUUGUGUCCAGCUCCAGUCGGUGCUGCAGUGGAUUAGUCAGCUGCAUUUAUUUAAAGGUAGUGCGGAGAGGAGUGCAGGAGCUUCGGUUCUGUGUGUGCAACAUCUUCAAGAUGCAGCGCAUCUACAUGCACAGCAAUGAACACUUUGAAGUCUUCACCACUGUCCUUGCUCCACAAGGGAGGUAUCGAUACAGAGCCGAGGCUGAAAAGAUGGUAGUGGUGCACAGCUACAGCCCCAACUGGCCAGAUGAGCUUGAGCUGUCUCCUGGUGACGUCAUCCUGGUGCUGUCCAAACAUGAGGAGGAGAGGUGGUUUGGGCGGCUGCAGGACGGCCAGCGGGGCUACUUCCCCGCCUCCUGUGUGAUGGAGCUGAGCCAGGGGAAUCUCCCUCCAAAAGCCCUACGAAGGACUUUAUAUCUGAGAAGCCCAGCCUGGGACAACGAUUCAGGCAUACGCAACAGACAUGGAAAUGGACACAUUCUGCAGGCGCUCAGGAGGGGGAGCAGAGGAGGUGGAGUAGGAGGAGGUGGGGGAGUGGGGCUGGAUGGGGGCCAAGGCGAGAAUGAGGGCCCCUUCCUGGUGCAGAGGCCCCAGAUCCCUGUGCCUCAGCCCGUGGCCUCCCAACCUCAGGCACACAGAUCCCCAGGCCUGCUCCACAGGAUCUUGUCCAAGUGCCGGAAAAAGAGUGAAUGCCAGGGAGCUACCAACGGGGCCUUCGAGGGCGACUAAGAGGCCCUCCUUUUUCUCCUGGGUGGCUGAGCCGAGUUCACAUUGGUGGGGCUGUGUUUGGGGGGGGGGUUAUGUGGGUGAAACCUCUGAAACAUGAAAAGACUGGUUUUGAAUAUCUUGAUUUUGGCAGGUAUUCAUCGUCAUAUCUGUACUUGAUUGAAUGACUGAGUGUAUAAUCCUAAAUCAGUGAUGUCACAGGAGGUGUUUUGCCCAUUUUAUCUAUGCCUGAUGUGACCUCACUGAUGGGGGGGGGUUUCAAUGUAUGCAGAGCCAAGCAGCUGCUGAUGUUUUUCAGCAUGGCAAGAUCAAAUGCCAGGCUCAUAAGCUUUAGAAAAAAUAUAUAAUAUAUAAUUAUUAACAAUCACUGCAAUCAUAUGUGUAACAAAGUAACAUAGGAGUUAGUGGCAAUCAAUGGAGCAAUAACUGAUGUUUCACCGGAAAAAUGUAGCCUUUUUCUACGACUUUGAAGCUGUUACUUGAGACAAAUUUAAUUUCCAUUGUCUGUGUGUAUUUUGUUCCAUCAUUCAUUUUCCUUAACUUCAUCUGCCCUCAUGAAUCUGUUAAUAUGUAUAGAUUGUGUUGCUUGAUAUGCAAUUAUUAUUAUGAUUAUAAAAGCAGUAAACCCUUA